AUGGCAACAAGAGUAGAAAUAAAUUCUGCUUUGGCGUCUUUGACGACAGUACCUGACUUAAAUGAGAUCAGAAAGGAGGAUAAAUCACAGCGUGUGUAUGUAAGUGUGCUUUCAGAUGCAACUAGCAAGGCAAAGGAGGCUUCAGCAUCACUGACUCUGGAAGAGAAGAGCAAGUUUGGGAGUAGUGUGAGAUCUGCAACGAUGCCAUCACUGGGAUCGCAACCGAGGCUCUUCCCAAAGCCCUUUUCGAAAGAGAAAUCUUCAGAUACUUUUGCAAAUGUAAAACCACCUGUUCCAGCUUUCAGAUCAAGUAGUCUUAUUAGAAGGGCCCCUGAAGAAACAUCAUCUGUUAAGGUACUGAGUGGAAAUGUUCCUCCAUUAGUAGAUCAGAAAGCAAUAGACAAUGAAAGUAAGGCUGGCAGUGAAGUGGUCACAAACAUGACUUUCUACACUGGGCCCAGUGCAAAUACCGUCAUUCUCUUUGAGGCAGCAGGCACAGAGCAAGCAAAGGUGAACCUGGCCCAGGAGAAAAGGGCUGCUGCUGACCGCAGAGUAUUUACUACUAUGCAAACGAAAGAGCUGCAGUGCAAUGCCAGGCUGGAGAAACCAUCUGAGGCAUGCAGGAGUCCUGAAGGCUCUCUCCAUAGGCACAUCUCUCUUUCCUCCAGUCUCAGACCAGCUUCCUGGAACUCCCUCAAAACUGGUGAAAAAAAAGAUGCUUCUGAAGUGCAUCCGGGGGAGAAAACCAAUGAUGAUGCAAAUAACAGCAGCAGAAAAGCUGAUGUCUCUAUUGAUUUGCAGCAAAGGCCAAAGCAAAGACCAGUAUCUGCUGUUUUCCUGGAAUCGUUACGGGAUCAAAAGCAUCGCACUGUGGAAGCUGCUGAGGAGACAUCUCCUACAGAGAAACCCAGGAAACCCAGGCCUUUGUCCAUGGACCUGACAGCUAAGUUUGAACAUAAAGAUCUUUCUCCUUGCAAGAAGACUUGUUCAUCUCACGACAGCAAGGAGAGUGCAUCGAGAACAUCUUUCACUGACGUGGGCUGUCACGAUCAGGCUGAAAUGGGGCCAAAACCUGAGGAACCUGAAUUCAAUAAAGGCAGUUCUUCUAAACCAGCUCUGAAGUGCAGUAGUCAGGAGAUUGGUAUCCUAAAUAACGGAAAAUACAUCUGGGAGACAAAGCUUAAACCUAAAAGUGAACAAAUUGAAACGAAACCAGAACUAACGACUGACUCGCAGGGUUCUGAAAGAAGCCAUGAAAUCACGUGUGAAAACAGAACUGUUAAGGGGGGGAAGAGAGCAGUUCAGAAGGACACGUGUAUGAUCCCAGGCUCUGAAAGCCCUGCAGCUUCCUCAGAAACAGAGAACACUAUCGUAAGAGGUAGUGUUAAAAAACACAUCAGUUUGUUUACUCCUGAAAAUCCCAGUACCUCAACGGAUCCAGAAGUGCUCCCAUCAGCUGCUGAGAAGGAAAGCAGAAGUGUGACCAUCCAGCAGAGAAUCAAAGAGCUGACAACAGAAAAUGCUGAGGCCAAGGCAGGAAACCUGCGCAGGUCACUGCAGUCACGACCACGUUCUGCAGACUUCACCAAGAUGUUUUCAAGUCUGACUUCAAGCAGUGAAGCAAAGCCUGAGAAACCCACUGAAAUGAGAAAUGACUCUAUAGGGGAAACACCAGAAACCCCAAAGAGCAAGGAGAUCAAGCUUGGACACAGCACUGAUUGCACUGAGGCACAUGCUGCUGGGAGCCCCUGGAAGCCCCGGCAGGUUUUGAAGAUAACACAUAAAGCUGCUGAGCUGGAGAGGAGUAGGAGCUUCCUUGGAGACAGCCAGCGUUUUCUCCAGCAAAGUGACAGCUCUGUCUCCUUCACAAGCAGCUUGGAAAGAAAACUAAACCCAAGCUCACCUCUGGAAAAGACCUACAUUAAAACUGUCCGAGCCACCAUGUUUGACCAUCACGUCCAGAGGCAUAACAUUGCUGCUGAUCACCCUGGAGCUGAUUCUGCUCUGAAAGUGAAUGAUGAGCCUGAGACAAAGCACGAUGUGGUGACUUCAGGGCCCAGCAGGCGAUCGUGGAUGGGAGAAGUGGAGGAAACCACAGGUAUAAAGAAGGAGUUUCAGAAGCAGCCUGAUCUAUCAAAACAUCCAGCAGAUGGAGAGAAAAGUGCAAAACCAGCUGGGUCAAGCGAAGACAAGAAAAUGACUUCAGGAAUUCUCUUGGAAAAGUCUUUGGUUGAGAAAAGUGAAAAGCCCACUCCUAAACAUGCAGAGGGCUCUGUGGUUUACCAGAGAAUAGAGCCAAGGUAUGAAAUCUUCCAGACCUGUGGUGAAAGAGCUCUUAGUGAAGCCAUUACAAUGGUUCCAGAGAAAAAGGCCAUGACUCUCAGAACUAGAAAAUCGUCUGUGAAGGAGAAUAAAACCGAUGAGGAUGUUUCACACACUGGGCAGUUGGUUAGGACGUGUAGUAAAACUCUCUACUUGAAAGAAGAUAGUAUUAUUUCAGAAGCUAGAGACACAAAGGUGUUUACAAGCAAGGCUGCUUUGAGAGAACCCACUGAGUGCACUUUACUUGAACAGAAAAAAGAUUCUGAGAAAACUAGUCCAAUAUUAAUAGCUGAGAAAAUCCCCUAUUCUACAAACAAAAGUAAGUGUUUGGGAAUGAAUGAAGAAGCAAACAAGCUGCAUUCUGAAAUUCAAAAUGAAAAGAGUGAAGCCUCUUCCUUGGAUAGAACCGAGAGGUCUAAUGUGAUGAAAUCCUCUUCUGAGAAGAGGAGUUUUAGACCAGGAGGGACAGACAGCUAUGAAUUCAGAACCAACUUGGACUGGGAAGUUACUUCAAGUGUCAAUAAACAUGGGGCCCAGUCCUCAGUGCUUUCAGGUGGACAAUUUAGUACAUCAUCCAGUAGCCCCCAGCCUGAUCGAACAGCACUAACAGUUAAUAAAGAGGAGCCUAGGGCCUUUGGUUUAAGGAAGAGUCUAGACUUCACUCGCAAAGAACAAGGCUUGAGCUUAGAUGGUCCAGCUCGUGAAGGCAGGGUCACAGAUCCAGAAGAGAAAGUCAGAAGAACCAGAAGCAGUGUUUCUGACUUGAAGAUUUCUGAGAGGUGGAGGAGGAGAACCUUGCCUCAGGAUUCCGUCAAGACAGAAGAAGUCAUCUGGCUCACCCCUGAGAAUAUCAAAAGGCUGAGUAGGACAGAUUCACUGCAGUUGGAUGAAGGCUUAGUUAAAAAGAGAAGCAAGAAAAGCAAAGAAGGGGUGGAAGGGGACGAGGCAAACCAAACUGCUCUUGGCAGGCCUGCUGAUGACCUGAAAAACCAGAGUUCUGCCUUUGAGCCAAAGGCAACUUAUUUUGCAGUCACUUAUCAGCUCCCUGAUAACAAAAAAGAGAAAAGCCUCAUUUGUGCUCCUAGUGCAAGUGAAACCAGAACAAGUUCUAGCUCAAGUGAGGGAGCCACAGUUAAUCUGGAUCCUGUUUUCUCUGGAAGGCCCAAACUUUCCUUGCAGCAGCCAAAUACAAACGUGAGGAGUACAAACUGCAGAGAAGCCUCACGGGAAGUGCACGUUAACAGGGACUGGGGCAAAGAUGACCACAAAAAUGGUGUUUCUUCCAAGAACUUUGCGUUUGGUAAUUUUCCUGUAUCUACAAAAGAUCACCAACAGUAUCAUGAAAAAGGGCUGGAUCGUUCUAAAGAGAAGAUUAUAGAUGUUGAUGCUUUCCUGUUGAAAAAGGAGCUAGAAAGUUCAGUUCAAACUGAUCUCAAAGGUAGCAGAAGAAAAGCCUCCUCUUACCAUGGGCCCAGAUCCCCGCCGUGUUUUGCACAGAUACCUAAAGACAGUGAACCAGCCCCCCUGAAACGGAGUGAAAAUCACUCUGAUUUACCUGGGAGGAAGGCUGAGGAUGGUUACAGGUCCCAGAUCCUCGAUAUCGACGCGCUUAUGGCGGAAUACAAAGAUGACUCGGUGAAGGCCAGUAAUGUUCAAGACAAGCUCUCUGAAGAGCAAAGUUCACUGAGCAGGGAGAAAUCAAAGAACAAGAGAAAUGUGUCUGAUAGGGUGACUUCUUCCUAUAGCUGGCAAGAGUGGAAGGGGUCAGAUCACUAUUCUGUUGUUAACAAACAAGGUGAGUGUGCAGAAGAGUACAACAGGCCAGAGAAAUUAAUUCUAAAUGAAAAGAGCAAAGAGAAACGGGAGUCACGUAGCCCUGAAUUUGAUAAACCAAAGUCCAAAGACAGAAAGUUCCUUCCUCCUUACUGGGGAAACCCGAGCAGCUUUUGUCCAGAGCAGUUUGUGAAUUCCUCUGCGGAGUUCACAAGGAAGAAAACUUUCAUUGUUGAUGAGGAUGAAGAAGUGAACUUCAGUUCCAGGAGCCAGAGUUCAAAACUGAUGAUUGAUAAGGUACAGCCUGUCAGCGCGGUUGCUACAGACCAAAGGGUGGAAGUGAAUUUUGCUUCCAAGUUGUCCAUAAAGGCGGAUGAUGGCCUCUUACAGAAGAAGUUGGUCACAAAAGAACAGUCACUGGAGGCAUCUCCAGAAGGUGACUGGAGCAAAAACGUAGCAAGGAUCUCUAUAGUGAGGAGCAAAGACAGUGCAAAUAAGACUGUGUGCGAGAACGACUCUUGCAAUGUGAAAAGCAAAGCUGAUUGGAAGAGCUAUACCUCUGGCUUGGGAAGUGCACCCCCAGAUCUGAGACGAUCCUAUUCGGAAAAGAGCCGCCAAGGAAAAGACACCCUGCUGCUUCUGCAGGAAGUGAGGGCAAGAAAGGAUCUGCACCCAUCCAGGCAGAGCUUCCCACUGGAAGGAGCUGACAGCGGAUGGAAACACAAGGUGGCAGCUCGCUCAGAGUCGUUCUUCUAUGAGGAUAAAAAGGCUUCGAGGAGAGAGUGGAGCAAGCAGAGUUCAGAUGGAGCAGACUUCUCCCUGGUUUCCACCCAGAGAAGCCACCACAGCUUUUACAAGGAGAGAAGGGCGGACGACGGGACGGACCAGCUGAAGCAGUGCUUCUCCAGGCAGCCCGCGGGAGCCAAGGACACCGACACGCUCGUGCAGGAGCCCGACAGCCAGUACGGCACCUGGAACAACCCGCGGCACAGCGGGGACAGCUUUGUACCUGAAUCUCCUUCCUUGGAAAACGAUGUCAUUUCAACGAGGAAGCAGCCUCCAAACAGCCACCCAUCCUCCCUGUCCUCGCAGACAGAACCUGCCUCCCUGGCUGAUCACCAUGACUUCUCGAAAGACCAAAGAAGCACGAGUUUGGAUCGUUCUAGCACUGACAUGGACUCUACUGAUGGGACUGAUUUACCUCCUCCAGGAGACACCUACCCUGAUGGAAAGACCACUGACUUCUCUUUCAUUGAUCAAACCACUGUUCUGGACUCCAGUGCUCUGAAAACUCGUGUGCAGCUCAGCAAGAAGAGACGCCGCCGGGCUCCUAUUUCCCACUCCCUUAGAAGAAGCAGAGGGCUGGAGUUUGAAAACAGGUUUUCUUUGACAGAAGAACCAGACAAUACCUGGAUGUUUAAAGAUUCCACAGAAGAGAAGAGAACUAUGCAACAGGAAGAUUCCGAUGAGGAAGACAAGGUCCAGCAUACCACGAGGUCACCGUCUGUACAAGCUCAGAGACUCCCCGUGUUUCCAGGAAUGGAUCAUUCUGUUCUCAAGGCCCAGCUGCGGAGAAGACAAGAGUCAGAGGGUUCUGGUGAAAAAAGUUCUGCUCAGCCCUUCAAAUCCCCUAAACCACAGCCGCAGCUCGGAACUCCCGGUAGCAGAGUGCUGCCCCCCAGUGUAGAGAAGGAGGACAGGUCAGAAGAAAAGUCUCCUCAGUGGCUGAAGGAGCUGAAAUCAAAGAAGAGACAGAGCCAUUAUGAGAACCAGGUUUGAAAAGGUAGUGGUUCUAACUAGAAGAAGAUGAAGAAGUUUAACAGAAGCCUUAACUCAUCUGAACCUAAAAUUCACACGUCACGUUGCUGCUGUUUGCUUCCUGCCUCAACUGCUAUGUGCAUGGUGCCUUCCUGUUUCGUGGAGAAAGCUGCUUCAUCUUCAUAGUCAAAUACAAAGCUGUAUCUUUUCAGAUGUGGCCAGUCACCCUCGGCCUGCCUGAAAGAAGAAC